UCAUUGGAUCCAAUAUAUCCAAAACUCAAUACUACUAUACCGAUUGUUAAAACACUACCUUUUGGAGGAUACGCAUUAAUAACUCGAACUGCGAACUCAGGAAAAACUUAUGAUUUCGCCUUUGAUCUUUACGAUGAAUAUGAUAAAUUAACCGAUUAUAACUUUCCAUUGAAACCUAUUGUUGGAAAUGCGUAUGGCGCUUUUGAUAUAUUGAACAAUAAUAAGAUGAUAGUGGCACAAAAUGAAACUACCACUUCUUGGAGUCUUCUUUCAAUCGAAAUACCGCCACUUUCCCAUUACAAUGAUACUGGUUAUAAUAAUUUACAUGUGAACACAACGUACCCUCGAAUAGGUGUUAGUAACCUAGAAGUAAAUUCCCUCAGGAUUUCCAUUACAUAUCAAGAUUCUAUCACGCUCAAUGAUGGCAAUUUAUAUAUCUAUCAAAACAUUGGUGGUACCAAAAUGCUUCGACAAUUAAUUAAUGCGAGUACUUGUACCCAAUGCAAUGUUUCAGGCAAUGUCAUCACAAUUGAUGUGCUUAGUUGUACUUUCAGUGAUCCGAUUGGGAGUUAUUAUAUAGAGGUGGAUAAUAAUUUUAUAAAGAGCUUAGAAUACAAUGAAUCUAUACUUGGAAUUUAUCCGAAUAUAUGGACUUUUAAGACAGAUGAUUUAUCGUAUAGACCGUGUGCAGGUGACAUCUAUGGAACAUUGCGACUAACAAUCAAUGGAACUAAUUAUUUUCUGGACGACGAUGAAAAACAUAAAUUUUUCGAUACUUUGAUAAAUGAACUUACAGAAAGAAUUCCCACAAAGAAAGGAAGAUUGAGUACAACUGCACAUUAUCAAUUUGAUACAUCCGAUUCAUCGAAAGUUAUUAUCCCACUUUUUAUUAGUGAGACAAGAAAUGAUAACGACAAAAUGACUGCCACAUACAUAUGGGAAAAUUUAGACCUGUUAAUAAAGAAUAAAGAAUAUACGAAUAUAUUAACAGGAUCUACUACAGUUAAUCUAGACGAAACUUAUGGAUAUCGCCGAACUACAUUCUCAGGAGCCUUGGGAGUGUCUAAGCGUGCUAAAGCCAGAGCCAAAAAGCAAGUCGAAGAAACAGGAAACAAGACAGAAUACGAAGAGAGCGAAACCUUUAUUAUUCUCCAACUUGGUAUUGCCUUAUUUCGUUUUGGCACCUUUACAGCAUUUGUUGUUAUUGAUUCCAAAGCCAUCCCACAUUUUUUUAUACCGAGCGUAGCAUUUUUAGUGAUUCCUACAGUAAUCAACUUAUUUAUAGCAUUUGGGAUAUUAUUUUCUGAUCAGAGCCAGAAUGAUGAUAAAGUUAAUGAAAAGGGCGAUGUAAAGGGUAAUGAAAAGAGUUAUCAGAAUGAUAGUAAAGAGGACGACAAGAAUAAUGAGUAUGAAUAUGUCACAUGGUUUGCUAAACAUAGAAGAGUUGCCGUUACGAUCGCAUUAUUAUCCGGCAUAAAUAUUGAUGUAAUGUUAAUGUUAAAAUCGUGUUUGGCGGGAUUUAACAUGUUCAAUGCGCCAUUUAACGAUAGAUCAUUGAAAAUAAUCUUUUGGGGAGCAUGCGCUGACAUAUUUUUGUCAGAUAUACCGCAAUUUGUUAUUCAG